AUGACGGGAAACACGAAGAACAGCGGCCAGGCGGGAGCGCAGACGCUGGUGGGGUGGGGCGCGGGCCUCUUCGCCGCACACAUCGUGUCGGGCUACAUGCAGGAGAUGCUGUUUGCCAUCAAGGGCUACACCUUCGGAUUCUACCUCACCCUUGCGCGCUACGUCAUCAACGCCCUUCUGGCCUUCGCCUACCUGCGGCUCUUCGACAAUGGCGCCAAUCUCAGAUAUCUCCAUUUCCACUUUCGAUGGAUCUUCUCUCUACUCGGGGGCACAAAUCGCCGGUGGUGGUGGUGGGAAGAGCGCAAGGAGAAGGACGACGACGAUGCCAACACAACCGGCGAUGACGGCCCACCCUCCAAGGAGGUGGGAGAAACAACUGCCGAUGUGAGCGUUGGAUUGGCGGAAGGGGAAGACGGCAAGGUCCUCCCGUUCAACAAUCGCUUCCUCACCCAGUCGAAGGGAUCAAUCAUCCUCGAGAUGGGCGCUGAAGCUGCUGACGCAGCGGCCACCCACAGCCUCGGGACGGUCGGGCAGAAGGUGCCGCUCCAGUACUACCUCCUGCUGUCCUUCCUCUCUGUCAUGGCACUGGGCCUGGGCACCUCUGCCCUCGCCUUCCUCAACUACCCCACCAAGGUCAUCCUCAAGACUUCCAAGCUGGUGGUGAUCAUGCUGUUUAGUCGGAUCAUUCUGGGCAAGAAGCACUCGGGCGCAGAGUACGCGAUGGCCAUGUCGAUGGUGGCCGGCCUCGUGCUCUUCACCCUGGGUGACUACUACGUGAAGAUCGACGCCUCGUCGGCCGUCGUCGAGGCCUCACUCGAGUCUUCGAACCUCGCUGCUGGUGAUGCUGCGGCUGGUGCGGGCGCCGAAGCUCAGAGCGACCCGAUGGAGGAGAGCUUCGAGUGGCGAACGGCCAAGGGCGUGUUUCUGCUCUUCCUGUCGCUCAUCUUCGAGGCCAUCAACGUCAACAUGCAGAAGAAGAUCCUCGUCGGCUACGAACGCUCGUCACCGGCCGAGCUCGUCUUUUACAACGCGUUCUUCGGCUCGCUGGUGACCUUCGUCAUUGUGCUGGUCAACGGCGAACUCUUUGCCGCCUGGGAGUUUGCCGUGACUCACCCCGACUGCCACUUCUACGUGAUCGGCUUUGCCCUCUUCUCCUCCUGCGGUGUGGCAUGUGCUAUCAUGGUGCUGCAUAACUUCGACCCGAUGACGAUCGGCAUCGUUGUGACGGGAAGGAAGUCCAUCACCGUGCUCACCUCGUUCAUCCUCAUCCCGAAGCCCGAUGCUCGUCUUCGUUUCGCUCUUCAUGAGCGCCUGGUGGAAGAGCUUGGAGGGGGUCAGCAAGCCGAAAGACUUUGCCAUGGACUGAAGAGGAAGAUGGUGAGGGCAACAAAGGCGAUGCACACGAGAGAGUCGGCGUCACCGACGAGCAUAUCUGCGGAGCGACGUGUUCCUCAAAGAGUUGAAGGAAGCGGAAGACGGUGA